CUUGUCCUGCAGCUGAGUACCUACUCAGUCACUGCAGCUACAAAACAAAUUUACCAUCCAAAGAUCGAAUAGACGAAAGGUCGACUAGGACUAGGUGGAAGGUCGUCUCACUCGAAGGAAGGUCUACCAGUGCAAUAGGAAUAGCACUCUUUACUUACAGCUAGAAGAAUAAGAAUAACUCGAUUCAGAUACAUGUUGAUAAGUUUAUUGGAGCCCCCACCUCAGAGCAGACGAUUGGAAAUUUAACUAAACGCUAUAGAUUUGUUUGUUUGUUUGUAGAAAUGCGGUAAGGUGGAAACGCGAUUACUCACCUUUUUUCUUUAGCGCUAUUUCAAUAAAAAUCCCUCUACGCAGAGAAGCUUGAAAAAAUACUCAGUGACUGCUCCCGGUAGUGCUAGUGUGCAACUGCUUUAAAACUAAAAGCGGCCUGUUGGAAAAAGAUACUGCUGCCCAUAACCAUCUGUCGUUGAAAAAAGGCACAGCUGACUGCAGGCUGAACCAGUCCUGCCGUGCUUAGGGAGAUCGCGACACUUUGGUCGCUUUUUAACCUUUUGAUCACUAUAAAAAUUUAAAUGCGAAGUCGAAGCUUUCUGCUAAGUGUGUAAAGUCAAAAUCAGAGACUUUGAGAAAAAGAAGGAGUUUAUGAGAGAAAAAAUUAACAACUAGUCUGGAGUCAUUUGCAGAGCGUCACUCAUCAACCGCGUUGCGGCCGCGUGCGUCAGACCACCACUGGUGCCGGAUUGCUGGGAAGGGGCCGGUGAGUGGUGCAAGGGUUGCAUUGGCUUCCGCCAGGGCCCUCGCGACUUGGUUCGGUUUGUCGCGGCACUCUUCCAUGUGCCCGAGGUCCCAGGAGCGGAAGAAGGGCUGCGUGAUCGGACACUCGUGCACGAAGUGCGCCGUCGUCGCCUUCCCCUGUCCACAUAGAGCACAGUCGAGGUCUUCCCCACUCGGUUGCGCCGCCAACAACCCAAAGCGCAGGGCGUAAUACAUGGUCUGGCCAACGCGGCCGCCGGCGUCGGUCACCAGAUCACGCCCCCAGCCCCCUGUUUCCUGGAGCGUUUGCGCUGUUUUGCUCUUUGUCUUUUCGUCCCGUUGCCGUUCGGCCAGGUUCCGGCGGGCUUCGUUCCGCACGUAGCGGCGGGCCUCCGUUUUGAACUGCUUGUGCGUGAUCGGCUCGCCCUCUUCCUGCAGGUCGCUGCGGUUGGCGUACCCCGCGAGGUGGUCGGCGACCACGUUCCCCGCGAUGCCGGAGUGCCCUGGCACAUAUCGGACGACCAGCUUGGCGCAGCUUUGCAGCGCGUCCGCUGCUGCCGUGUAGACCUCGGUGUCCAGGUCGUCCCGCAGUCUCGGACUGAGCAACGCCCGCACGUUGGACUGGCUGUCCGUGCAGAUCGUCACCUGCUCGCUUUUCAGCGCGUGGCGUGCCACCGCUCGGAAGGCUGCGAUGAGCGCCAUGCGUUCGGUUUCGUACGAAUCCGUGUGGAGCCCGAUGGGCCACGCCGCCCCACACUGGAUGCCGAACCCAUGCAGAAAGACGCCACAAGACCCGGCAAAGUCUUUGACCGACCCGUCACAAUACAGCACCAGGCUGGACUCCCGGAGGGUGUCUACCAGCGCCGGCGUGCCUUCGUUUCUCCACGUCGCCUCGAAGCGGCCCUGCUCCUCAGCCUCGUGGAGGACGGACCACCCCCGCCCUGCCUUCGCGCCGAUCUCGGGGAGAACGGACGAGGCCGCGACGUUUGAUUCGUCGAUCACUUGCAAGCCGGUUUCUAGCCAGUCUACGCUCGAGGUGUUCGCGACCUCCCGCAGCGCGUCCCCGGGCGGGCGUGAGAAAGCGCGGGCCGUGAGCGCCGUGCUUUCCACUUGGUAGAGCUCUGGGAGCGACAACAGGCCGGCCGUCAUAAGUGCGCAGGCGCGGUUCACCUGUCUGAACUUCGGAAAGCCCAGCACUUCUUUGGCCCCCACCAGCUGGAAACUGUUCAGGGCGGCCGCUUCCUUCGCCCCGAGCCCGUUCCAGUAUGUUGUUAGCCCAUACGUGAGGACGCUUUCGCAGAAUAACUGGUAAAAAGCCCGGACGGACUUCGACCCGGCGCCCAACGCACGCGAGAGGAUGCGCACCGCCGCCAUCCUCUUGGUCAGGGUUUCGGAUAUGACUGCAAAGUGCCGACAGAAUGUCAACUUGCGAUCAAACCACACACCGAGAAAGCGUGGGUAGGGGUCGUAGACGAGCCUCUCCCCGUCGUGGUGCAGGGCGAGCUCAUCCAAGUCGCAUGCAAACUCGUUCUGGAAGACGAUAUACGAACACUUCCCGGGGGAAAGCUCCAUAUUGCUCCGGCUGCAGAAGUCGGCGACCACGUCCAGGGCAGCCUGGAGGAGUUUCUGUGCUUCCCCUGUUUCCCCGGGGCCGUACUCCAGUGUGAGCGCCAAGUCGUCCACGUACGCGAGGACUUGCACCCUCGGGCACUUCUUCUGCAGCUCUCGGAGCAGUACGUCGGCGAAACUGCACCAGACCAGCGGCCCGAGGCACGUGCCCUGCGGGACCCCCUGGCGCAGCGGGACGGCCUGGGAGGUCUCGUUGUUGAACCUCACCACCCGGCGUCGGUUGGUGACGAAGGAGCAGAUCCACCGCGUGAGCAGCAGGAACUCCUGUUUUCGUGCCGGGUUUUUAAACUCGUGCCGCCGCUCCAGUAGUCCGUUGAGGAACAGCGGCGGGCACACGCGCUCAAAGGCCGAGCUCAGGUCCAAGAAGCACGUCGCCCUGCGGCGGUUCUUGCGCAGGGUGUCGGAGGCCAGGGCCCCCAGCGUUGCCGUGUGGUCCGUCGCGCUUCUUGCGGGUGUGUCCCCGUACUGGUUCUUGCUGUACAACGGGGCCCCCUCCGCCUGGAAGGUUAGCCGCAGGCGCCGCAGUACUGUGCGUUCCCAGACUUUCCCCAAGCACGACGUCAAGGCCACCGGCCGGAGGGAUUUGGGAAGGUCCGCGGCACGGCCGGGCUUUGGUACUGGUACACAGACUUCUAGCCGCAUUACCUCCGGCGUCACGCCUUCGGUGACCCCUUGCUCGAAGGUUGCGCGCAAGAGCUGCUUGCCCUGUUGCGGGAGGUUUUUCAGCAGCACCCCGUGGAUGCUGUCUGGCCCGGGAGCCCCGCCCGGCUUUUGUCCCCGCAAAGCGAACUCCACGUCGUCCAGCUCCAAGCACAGCGCUGUGCUCGGCGCUAGCUCUUCCGCUAGUGUGUGCUGGUAUUGGUCCCAGGCCACUCGCUCGGCCCCGGGGUCCAACACCGGGUGGGACCCAUAGAAAUGCGCCAAGACACAUGCGAGCUUUUUGAACACCAGCUUCCCCGCGUAUCGCAGCGCGGUGGUCUGCUGUUUCGGCGGCGGCCGCCCUUCUAGUUCCCGCAAAAGCCGGAAGGCCCCACUGGUUGUCUGCUCCGCUUGCUCGAGCUUUUGCCCGAACUCGUCGUCCCUCCUGCUGGCCUCGGCACUUGCUACACGCGCCGUCGCGCGCCGUAACGCGGUGCGCCAGAACAGUCGCUCCGCCGGCGGUGCGAAGGCCACGCGCUUCAUGCACUCUCCCCGCUCUUUCAGUGCGAGGUCUAGCUCCGUGCCUGUUUGCCACCGCGGCUGCCUGUGUCUCUUUCUCGUGACAUUGCUGCGUGGGAUGGACCUGUGCGCGGCGGCUUGUAUCGCAGCGCGGAUGUGUGCGAACUUGGCCUCGACCGACAGUGGUGCCGGGUGGUCCCGGAGGAAGGUGCGCAUGUCUGCGCGGUACAAGUCCCAGUCCGCCCGGUUGAAGUUCAGUCGCGUGCGCCUCGUCGUUGUGGGGAGUGGUUCCUGCCAGAAGUCCGGGAUCCACGGAGCUGCCGUGGGGUCCGUCGGGAGGGUCGCGACCGCCCCGGGGGCCGGCGCAGAUGGCGUUUCUGUGCUUGGUGUCGGGACCGGUGUGGGGCCGCCAAAUGAGGGGACUACCGGUGCCAGCCCGGAGACUGCGGCAACUAGCAAACCCAGCCCCGGCAAGACCGGCAGUCGUUUCUCCCCUGUGCUACUCUGCGCGUCCGCGCUGUGCUUGUUCGCGCGCUGGGCCCGAAGGCGCUCGAACUUCUCCUUGCGAAGAACCUACUUUAGCCUCCCGGUGAGAUUUACUUUCCCACCCCCUCCUCCUGCUCCCUGUGUUUCGGAACCGGCGUCCUGUGUGCCCCGGAGGCCUUGGUCAGCCUUCUGCCCCGAGCCAGUAGCGCGGCCUCGUCCCGCCCCUCCUCCCCCGGCGUCGUCUUUUGCUGUGUUGCUGGCGGUGAAGUUCUGCUUCCCCGGACGCUGAUCGGCACGUGGCUCCACCAAGUCGAAGACCAGGGCCGCAUGGUCGCCGCCGACGAGGCACACUGCUGGCCCCUGCGGCUGUAGUUCGGCAGCCCGGGCGAGUAGUCCUCCGGUCAGCAACACUACGUCCGGCGAGGUCUUCGACGCAGGCCGGGUCGGCAGCGGGGUGGUGUAGAACUCCAGCGCCUGCGCAGUUGCCCAGGUCUUCACCUGGGUCGCCCGCGGCUCCUGUGUGUGGUUCGCGUCCCAGGAAAUUGCAAUCUCCUUCCCCGGCGGCAUGUUGAUUGCCGGUAGGGCGGGGAUUCCCGGAGGAGUGUAGACGUUCGCGCUUACGCCCCACUCCUUGCCCGUGUCGAGGUUGAACAGGGUGGCGCAGGUGGAGGCAACGUUCUUCCCGCCCUCCGCGACAAUGCGGAAGUCCGGGUCUGACUUCACGACACCUACUCGCCCCUCUCGUACGAUGCUGGCAGCCCCUCCCCCGCUGCCUUCGGACUCACAGACUUCAAGCACCUCCCAGCCCGGGACGUGGCGCUGGAGAAACUCGCGGAGGAACUCUUCACCGCGCCAGGUUUCCUGGAGGUGGCACAAGUCCACCUCGUGCUCCUCAAGCAGCUGGCGCAGCGCCGCCCCCUUAACAGAAGCCGCCGCUUCGUCGCUUUGGUUGAGCGACUGGCAGUUCCACUGCGCGACCCGCACAGCCCCUUGCACGACUGGGUGCUUGACACCGUACUGCUCUUCCUCGCUUUUCGCUGCGCCCUUGGCCGGCCCGACCACGUGGCGGGUGUAGUACUUGACCUCCUUCCCCCGGCUACACUCGGGUAAGAGGAAGGUGGUGCACUUCUUGUGCGCCUUUGCGAUGUGCUCGCUGAAGCCCUGGACCCUACCCGCGUACCCGCGGCUGUACGUGCAGUGCGAGCAGUAGUAGCGCCGUGUUGCUGCUGCUUGUUUUAGCGUGUCCCCCAGGCCGACUACAACGCAGAACUCGGUGUUCUGGUAGUGUGGGAGGUCCUGGACCGACACAACGCCUUCGACCGCACGCGCAGCUUCUUCCGGGUCUUCGUCCCCGUCAAGGCCAACACUGGCGCGCCCUGUGUUACUGCUACUACUCCCACCCCCUUGCACGCGAUUUAGUUGAUCCGCUUGUAGUACAGGGGCUGCAACGCCACUGGCGUCGCUGCCUUCCAGCCCGGGCGGCUGCCGUAGGAGCCUCUGUUGCUCUGCUGUCGGGUGCGCCGCUGCAAGCAUUGCUCUUGUUCCGGAGUUGGAGAUGUGUUGCAGGGCUUCCCCCUGCGCAGGUCCGCUUGCGGCCUGCGUCCCGGCAGCACGCCCCAGGCCAGGAGGAGUCUGUUCUGGCUGGACCUCCUGCUCCUGCCGGACCCGCGGGAGAGCAGGCUCCCUCGCCGCUGCUGUGUUGCCAUCCUGAUGAUUCGCCGCUGCUGUUUCAUCAUGUGCAGGAAGGGCAGGGGGGGCCUGCUGGAUUUGUGUUAUUGCGCCCCCUACUUGUCGGCUGCUGUGUCCAGGAAGCAGGUCGCGCUGCGUCACCAAUUCUUGGUGUGAGGCGGGGGUAUUUGCGUGGGCCUGGGGACACGCGUGUUGGAUCGGAGUCGCUGCUACAUCGGCGCCCCAUCCUGGAGGCGGCGUUCUGUUCGAGCAGGCGCGCCGGCAUGCGUCUGCGACGACGUAUACCACCCCCAGCGCCGUGCCCGUGCACACUACUAUCGCGACGGCGCCUAGCGGCGACAGCACCGACGGGUCUGGGUGCCACCGCCCAUGGUGGAAAGCAGCAGCACUGGGCUCCGGUCCCGUUCUUAGGUCCGGGAAGACCCGGCGCAGCGCUGGGCUUCCGUAUUCUCCCUCCCGGUCGAGGUAAAGGUGCCCCGGGAUCUGGCCCGAGACGACCGUCUCUUCCUCCAGCUCCGCCCCCGCGUGUCCCCCAAUCAUCAUCGAAGCUCCCGGGUUGGCCAUGUAGUGCGAGUUUAUUUGCACCGCUAUUCCGACGGCGACAACGACAAGCGCCAGCAGGCCGUGGCUCUGUAGGGCCCGGAAGACCCGGCGGAACUGCUCUUCCAGGAUGAGGGUCAGGACCGUCACGAGGUCCAUUUCCUGGUGGGGGUAGCACGCACCCUGCUGAUGUACCCCUAUCGUACCGGUGCCGCCGGCGUUUGGCGCAGGUCCUUGCGCCCCCGGUCGUGUGUAGGCGGCCUCCUCGCGAGCUCCGCGUUCUGUCGCUCGCGACUGCUGUGUGCCCGCCCGUACCUCGCCUGUCCUGGGCAGGGCCGCUUCUGCCGGGGCGCCAACAGGGAGGGGUCUUUGCGGGAUGACAAUGCCACCGCCCGGCGGGAUCGCGUUGUAGGUGCUUUGGGUUGGUGGUGUUGCUGUCGGGGUGCUGAUAAUCUGGUCGGAGUGUUGGUGAUGAGGCUGCUGCUGUUGCUGCUGCAGUUGCUGUUGCUGGUGCGUUUGCUGCUGCUGGUGCGUCUGCUGUUGCUGCUGCAGUUGCUGUUGCUGGUGCGUUUGCUGCUGCUGGUGCGUUUGCUGUUGCUGCUGCAGUUGCUGUUGCUGUUGCAUUUGCAGUUGCUGCUGCAGUUGCUGCAGCAGUUGCUGCUGUUGUUUACCAGUACUACCACUGGCUUCUGCCUCCGUGACGGGCUUCGGGGGUUGCUGGUGGGCCGCCGCGUUUUGGCUGUGCGCCAUGGACUCCAGUACCUUGCGGACCUCCCGCAUCUCCUCUGACAAAGCUACGAGCUGCUCCGAGCCGGUCUGCUCUCCGGUAAGAGCGUUCCUCGUUAUCAGUGGAACGGCGAUCUCUCGCCCUUGCAGCUGCCCCAGCAGAUGCCGCACGUCUUGGUGGUGCUGCGUCAUGGCCCCCAGGAGUCCUGUCGCAUCUCCCGCUGGGUUCACACCCUGUGUGGCCGGCGUCACCGCUUGCCCGGUCUGUGCUCCGGCCGGCUGGAGCUGCAGCUGUUGCUGUUGUGCUGCGAGUAGUCUCUGCACGUCUUGGAAACUAAAAGACGUCUGCUGCGUUGGCGCCGGCUGUGCCGGCGGCAGCAUCGUAUGUGCACCGCCACCUUGCUGCCGGUUGAAGGCACUGCCAAACGCAGGCGCGGAGAAGUUGCCUGACUGUGCCCCGAGACUAUCACCCGAUCGCGGGAGGCCGCCCUGCUGCCCGACUGGGAAUGCGGUCUGGUAUCCUGUCGGCCCUCCACCUGCGGCUCCCUGCAUCGAGUGUAAUACGAGGUAGUCGUUUACUGUCGGAAGAGGAGUGGCUCCCUGCCCCAAAGCCGGCCCCCCAUAGUUUGGCGCGGGAGGUUGGACGCUCUGUGGCUGCACAUGGUUUGUUUGCUGUAGUGUAUUUUGCUGCGCCCAUCCUUGCUGCGGGGGGUUUUGCUGCACGACGUUGUUGGUCCGCUGUUGUGGGCCUGUUGGCCACUGCUGGUACCGGAACUGGCCUUCCGGAUUGCCUCCCGUGCCGAACAUGCCGCGUUUCUGCAGCCGCUUGUUCACAGCAGGUUCCGGUUGAUUCUGGCGGACCUCUGCGCUGCACUACUCUAAGGAGGAAAAGUCGCCGCUUCCGAGUAGCGAUUCACGUCGUUGUUUGGAUUUUGGAGAAAAGAAGUCCUUAACCCGCCGAGCUGUAGCCGCGGUUUCUGGGAAUCUCGGGUCCCCGUUUCUCCGAAAGCGCAGUUUUAGCCCGGCGGGAUUGGGACACUAAAUUCGCGGCGGGGCGAAACGGCUCUGCGGGGUGCGCGACAGCUCUACUUUACUCGCCGUCCCCUGCAGGAGUCCCGACGUCCGGCGUCCCCCCGGUGUCCCCCACCCUCUUCAGCCUUCGCAAGGCGUGGAGCUCCUGAAGUAGCGUCGCGUUGUGGUCCUCCGCCGCUCGUGUCCACUCAGCGAGGUCCCGAGCGACCUUCUCCUCGAUCCUUUCGAUGAGCAGCGUAAUGCCCGGGUCGCCGCCGAAAGGGUCGUAUACGAUGCCCAGGCUGUACUGGCCGUAGGCAACCCGCUCAACCUGCAGAAACGCGCUACUGUCGUGCUGGGUGGAGCACAAGAGGUCGCGCACUGACAGCGGUAGUGACUCUGUCGUGGCAAGGGCCUGAGCGGGCGCUCUGUUCCUCGUCAGUUCCACGAUGAGGUUGCAGGGGCAGUACUCGUAGACAAAGAGCGCGAAAUCCCCUCGGGACGCUGCGAAGUGCUGCUGUGAUGUCUCCUUGGACCGGAGCCACCCGCGUCUCUCCUCUGUUUCCUGCGCUAGGUUGUCGUGGUCGCGUUCAACCUUUAUCAACGCGGUAUAGUUGCUUGUGAAGGGGAUGAGGAGCGGGAGGUGGUGCAGGCUGGUUAGGUGCUGCUUCGUUUCCUCCGUGUUCUCGCGGUAUUCCUUCGCCUCGCGUUCUGUGAUCACACCUGUCCGCAGGAGCUCCUCUAUCGCUGUCGGGCUCCGGCGGCGCAGCAUAUCAUCGCGAGACGCAGCGACAAUAUUGGCAAAGGAAAAACGGAGAAAAGCAGAACCCCCGGUGGCUAUUUCUGUGUUGCCUCUUGCCACUCUUUUACUUUUUUGAGGUCUUUUGUUUUUGCGGCUAGCUGUAUACUGUCCCUGAUGCCGUCUUUUACUUUUUUGGGAUCUUUUUGUUUGGGGGUUCUGCACGAGACUAGAAAGUGUGAACACACACGACUACGGCUCACCACCUCGAUCUUCAAGACAGUAGCGCGUACUCCAGCCCGCUGAUCCCGAGCGUCCUUGUCGGGGCCGCACGGACUAUGACGACCAGCUAUGGCAGGAGGACGGCAAGGGUGGAUGUGCGUCGGGUGGUCACGCCUCUUCGUUUCGCUGCUGCUCCUUCCUCGGAACUGUUGCUGUAUUUUAUUGUCUUCUGGACAGCGGAGGGAACGGUAAGUGUCGUCUUCGCCACCGGUUUGGGCCUCCGGUGGAAAUGUGGGGCACGGUGGCGACGCAGGUGCCCGGCAGUUCAGCACGAUAGUACUGCAGGAUCUAGAGGGUUAAGCUACGAGCUGGCCCUGCACAGAUUCCGCUCCUCCGGGACGGUUGUUCGUCUUCAGACACGACGGCACGCGGUUCCGGGCUAGUAAAAAUCCUCUUUGUAAGAGGAUAAUUCCACUGUCCGCUCCUGGCUGGAGACGAACAAGGACCGGGCUUGCGUAGUCUUAAAUCGCCGAAUCCCGACCCCAGGAGCCUUUGUCGGGGACCCCUGGACUAUGACGGUCGGGAUCGGUUCACUUGCUACGCGGGACGCCGGAUCCUUAUUGUCUUUUAGCGUCUUCCGGCCAGUGGGGGGGACGGCAAACGCCGUUCGUCGGCAGCAGCAGGUAGUCUCUACUUCCAGGGCCCGGCCGGAGGGCUAGAGCAGCGAGUUAUCCUCCGGUGGCACGGUGGUCGUGUCACCGUCGUAUCACUUUCCAGAACUGGCGACCCUCCCACGCAGCAGAUCGCUCGCGACAACUGCAAAAAGCAAAAUCACCAGUAACAGACCCCGGGCUUCCUUCUUGUGGUUACCCAGACUAUGUCGGCCUGCUCUGGGUCACUGGUUGUUUCCUUUUGUCGCGCUGCUGGCUGGAUCCCAAGAAGAUGGCUGCACUCGGAAGCUGUCCAAAGCCAGUGGGUGAAGCGGGUUCGGGUGGAAGCUGCAAACCCGAUGACAGCAAUAAACUGGUGCCGAAGGGACUUCAACACGGAGACGACCAAGAGAGAACGCGGAGUUGGACAACCAUCAUGCUUUGUGAUGGAGUUUCAAAAAAUUCCCGGCUCUCAGUUCUCUCAGAAAAAGGUCCAAACGAGGACUCCCACACGCCGUGGGCACGGUGCAAUUGUUUCAACCGUGUUUAAUAAAAACGCUAUAGAUUCAACCAACGCUAUAGAUUUCUCUAGAUGUAAAGCUAAAUUUUGAGAUCGAAUGUUUUCUUACUCUUUUUACCACAUUUUCCAUGCUGUUCGCAACCACUUUUACGACAAUCGAAGCCCGUCUUUCCAAAAACAACAUUAGAAAAAGUAGUAACGCGAGUGGUAAUGUUUCGCAUUGACUUAUACAGGAAUUUGAUAGACCUUUUUUACUGCAAUCCUCUUUCAGAAAUCAUUGUGAAGUAAGAUAUUUCGUCGAAGAAGUUGUAAGUUGAAGUAGACCACAUUCAUUAUGCCAAUCGCCACCCAGAAGAGACAGCCCACGCGCGAGGAGGUCCGUCGAGGACUCGCCGACAAAUACAGGGGGGAGCGGAAUGUUGUAGGAACCCAGUUGUUGCCCUGCUGCGAGCACGAUUCACAGAAAGUAUCAGGCUGGCACCGCGACGGCUACUGCGGAACACAUGCGAACGAUCGAGGUAUCUAUAAGAUGGAAAGAAGUACACGCGCUUCUCUACUUUGUCAGCUCAUCAGCAGGGACUGUGGGAGGGCAGCGAGUAGGACCACAAAUCACUUUUCUACUACUGACCGAGUACGCAUAAGUAGAUACUCACGAGGUCGUAAGAGCUCCGCCCACUAGGCACGAAAGCUCCUGUAGUACUUCUUUUCGAUUCCAGAAGUUCCGUACUUGAUGUUGUGUAACAAGUAGAAAAACCAUAAUGAAUUAUUCGCAGGAUUGCACGUUGUGUGCGCAAAGAUGACCACGGGUUUCUUGGACUUCUCAGCGGCCCGAGGAAAUAAUCUCCGGGACGCGCGACCGCCGCACUUCUGGGGUUUGCAAGAAGGUGACCACUGGUGCAUUUGCGCGACGCGGUGGUUGGAAGCCUACAAAAACGGAAAGGCCCCACAGGUAUUAAGCCUUGUUUAGUGCUUCUGUAGCACUUCUACAAGGUACUAGAACAUCAACAUCAUGAUCGAUUUAGGUUUUUUUCAAUUUGUCCGGUAUGAUGUUGGCAUGAAGAACGCAAGUAUGAUUUUAAUCUAAAUCUAAUCUGUCGAAAAAUUGAUCACAGGUCUACCUAGAGUCCACGGCAGAGUGGGCUCUCAGCGUGAUCCCGCUGGAGUUUCUGCAAGAACAUGCUGUCACUCCGAUGGAGCGUGUGGCCGAUCCGGCCGCGGGCUCAUCAGGCGUACAUGAACAGUUACAGCAGGCCGGUAUGUUGGAAAACGACUCCCCCGGUGGAGACGCCCUCAUGCUCGAUGCGCAACCGCCGCUGCGGGACUAG